AUGUCUACAGACCCGGCGCGAACGAAGAAGAGGCUCGCCAUCCCGCGCGGCCCAGCAGCCGACCCAGCAUUCCCAGCCUCCAACGCCGCGGGCAACCCGUAUAAAUACAGCGCGGCGCUGCUCGCGGCAUCACAGCUCCCGCCGCGCGUCACUCCCACGCACGUCUUCUUCUGUGGCUAUGAGGGCGACCAUCCCCUCGUGUGUCUGUCGCAGUGGUUCCCCGCGGUGUUUUCGGGGCCCAAGACUGGCGUGUGGUUGCAGGAGAUGGAAAAACGGCUUGGACUUGGUGAUGAGGACGAGAGCGAUGUCGAAGCGAGGUCCGAAGCACUGAAAAGACCCCAAGCAGAAUCAGAACAAGUCGACUUCCCCACCGCCGAGCACUUCAUGAUGUACCACAAGGCGCUCCUGAUGGGGGACGAGGCGACGGCGGCGCACAUCCUCGCGCCGGAGCACGCGCACCCAUCCCACGCGAAACGGCUGGGGCGGGCAGUGCGCCACUUCGACCAGGCGAAGUGGAACGAGUGGGCGGAGCGGAUCGUCGCGGAGGGGAACCGAUGGAAGUUCUCCGAUGCGCGGAAUAGGGAUCUGCGGGUCGAGUUGAGGGAGACGCGACGCAGGGUGCUCGUCGAGGCGAGUCCGGAGGAUCGCGUUUGGGGUGUGGGCUUUGAUGUCCUGGCUGCGGAGGGAAGGGAGGCCGAGUGGGGUGAGAAUCGCCUGGGGAGGGUGUUGCAGGCGGUGAGGGAGGAUUUGGGGAAUGGAUUGGCUUGGGUGGACGGAUGGGAGAUAGAGGGAGAGGGCAGGAUGGAUAGCGUGCAGUUUGGGAGUGCGAUCGAUUAG